AUGCAUCAUCAACCAAUACCAUCAGGAUAUGCACGAGUUGGUAUCAGUUAUUCUACGGAGAUGGACACUCUUUUUCCCGUGCCGCUUGAAGGAGAAGCUGUAACCAUCAAAGAAGCUAUAGGAACCCUUGUUUUUUGGCCUAUAGAACUUAUUGUUCUAGAUACGGCGGUAAAAACUAUUGCUACAUGUGCGAAAAUUUCUUCAAAAGAUAAUGAAAAACAAGUAGGAUCCAUCAAAACUCCAGCGCCGUCAACAGGAGAAUCUCACAAGGUAGAAGAAGGUUGUGAGGACAUUGUAAAUGUGGCUACCCUUCCAGAAUGCCUUUAUAUGUUUCAUAUGUGUGUUUCGAAGAUGGAACGUAGAGAACAAAUUAAAAUUUUCAUUGAAAUUGGAAUAACAACUCAAAUCAAGGACAUCUUUCUUGGUAAGAAAGAACUCAUUCGUCUCCUUGCACAAGAACAACUUGAGCUGCCCCAGACAUAUAUGUCGAAGUUAUAUGAUAAGUGUUGUUGGACUAGAUGUUCUGCUUUGUUUGGGUUUUUAUGCCGAUCGGGGAUAUCCCUUGUGACCCAAUUUAAAAGAGGGGAGUCGAAGAAGGUAAAAGAGUGUAAAAGAAGUCGGAUGCAAUACAUUGUGGAUACACUAAAAGAAACAACGGCUAAAGAAAAAAUCUUCAUUGCUCCAUAUAAUAUUGGGUAUCAUUGGGUUUUGUGCGUCAUUGAUCCUUACAAUAACACGGUAUAUUACUUGGAUUCUUUACGUACUCUUGAAUUUAUACGAAACGAACAAGGCAUCAUUGGGGAUUUACUUGAAAACGUUAACACAGCACUUUUCCAAUUUCAAAGUGAAAGGGAGCUUGCCACAAAGUUGAAGAUGAGCACAAAAUGGCUAAAAAUACAAUGUCCUUUCCAAGAAGAUUACAUAAAAUGUGGAUAUUAUGUGAUGAGGUUCAUGAAGGAGAUAAUCUCACACAAGCGACUUCAAAUUCCUGAAGUUGUAAGUCUUAUUUCUGCUGAACUUUUUUGCUUUUGCAAAUCUUAA